AUGCUAACAAACAUUCUUCUCUCCUCUCUUCUCUUCCAUUUCGUAUCGAUCCAAUCUGUGUUGGCAGUUUCCAAUGGAACCAGCGCCACGAGACCUCCAUCGACUAUCGCAAAAGGCGUCAACACAGCGAAGCCCGGCUGCGAAAGCAAGUGUGGGAAUAUAAAUGUUCCAUAUCCAUUUGGCAUAGGCUCGGAAUGUUCUAUACACCCAUCGUAUGACAUCCGUUGCGAUACUUCUUUCAACCCUCCGAAGCCCUUCAUUGGAUCCACGAAUCUUGAAGUUUUUGAUAUAACAGAUUCACGAAUGAGGAUCAAGAACAGGAUGGCUGCCAUUUGUUACAACAAACUAGGCAACAUCACCAGGAAUAUAGACGCAGUCAGCAAAAUCCACUUAGAUCCACCUUUUAGCUUUUCUGAUGCAAAUAAGUUCACAAUGGUCGGAUGCGAUGAAAUUGGCAUGCUAUCCGGGGUUGAGGGUGGUAAUUUGACCAACGCGUGUGUUUCCACUUGUUCUUCAAGAGACGAAGUUCUUGAUGGUUAUUGCACUGGUAUAGGUUGUUGCCAAACAUCAAUACCAAAGGGCCUAACGAAAUUUGAUCUCUCUCUAAGCAGCCUUAAUAAUCACAUUUAUGUGCGGUCCUUUAGCACUUGUGGUUAUGCCUUUCUUGGAGACCAGGAUACAUACACAUUUCAAUCCUCUGACCUCGAUGACGUCACUUUUCAAGAACGAAUCGUUCAAAAUGUCCCAAUGGUCCUGGAUUGGGUGAUUGGGAACACAACUUGCAGUGAAGCUCAGAAAUCCAAUGAUUACGCAUGUCACAAGAACAGUACCUGCAUUGACUUGAACACCAGUGGUAAUGGAUAUAAUUGCAUAUGCUUUCAGGGAUACGAGGGCAAUCCAUAUCUCGAACCAGGCUGCACAGACACGAAUGAAUGUGAGAAUAGUCCGUGUGUACCAACUGCAUUAUGCACUAAUUCUCCUGGUAGCUAUAAUUGUUCGUGUCUUCAUGGCUUCACGGGUGAUGGCACCAAAAAUGGCACUGGCUGCUCUAAACAUGAAAAUCCCAUCUCAGUGCUCAAGUUGUCAUUAGGUACGCUUGACUGA